GAAAAUUCCUGUGAUGCGGACAUUGGUUUUGACGGCAAAGUUUAGUUGAGUGUUUGAGGAAUUCGGUCGUGAAAAAUCCAAUCUUCCUGUUGUAAUAGUUGUUUUUUCUCUAAACAACGUUCGAUACGCAACAAAGAAUAGUAUUUGACGAUGGUUCUAACUCGACUAAUUCGUGCCGUUGGUCGUCCGACCUUACUUGAAACGAGCGGAAGCCAGCAGCAGGUCGUACGGCUACCACUCCGCCGAAAGUACACUUAUCGAAGUGGUGCCCUAAAGCCCAUGCCCGACAUUACACCCUUCGGAUUGCUUGGUAUCAUUUGUACGGUUAUCCCUGGUUUGCUCAUUGGAGCCACCAUCAGCAAGAACAUGGCCAAUUUUCUCGAAGAAAAUGAUCUUUUUGUGCCGUCCGAUGACGACGACGAUGACGAUUAAAGGAAAAAAAGUUAACAACAUAUGCGGACCAGGAUCGAUAUUUUUAGAAUGAAACAAAUCGUUGCAUAUAUGAUUAUUCUAUCACGUUGGCCUCAUGUUUGCUUGCGCUUUUUUUUCGAUCCUCUGGUCACACGAAACAAGCGAAUCCGUAUCGGUAGAGUUUCUUGUUAGUAAUCAUUUAUCGAAACGAAACGUUACCCACGGUUGUUAACAGUUAACCAACUAGUAAAGACGAUAGUUUGCUGAUAGCUUCUUUGCACGCACCACAGUGAUAUUUUACGAGAUGGCGGCCAAGGAAUGCGAUUUAUUUUUAUUUGGUCCAAGAAAAAUUUGCACUUUUGAAACUAAUCAUGCUUCAACCCGUUUCGCAUAUUCAAGGUUUGCCCAGUUUUUAAUUUAUGUAAAUAAUUUGUAAAAGUACGUGCUUCACAACUUUGUUGUGUUUAAAGAAACUGUCUUCGAUGCGGCAGCGUGUAGUUGUAAACACUCCAGUAAAACUCCAAACUAAUAAGAUUGUUAGUGCAAUCCAAUGAUUGUUGAAUAAAGUGAAUCAAAACAUGUGAAACUAUCAACGAAAAUUACUAUUUCUUGAUUCUUUCGAAAACAUAUAGGAAACUUUAUGCCUGGUUGCUCUUGGAUCCAAUAGGGAGGCAUGUGUUUAUAUAUUUCUACCAUCUCGCGGAUUUUUAUUGAUUUUUCAAUUGAUUAUUUUUACAAUAUCCAUUUUACAGUAUUUCGUAAAUAUUUAACGUUGCUUAACACGGUACUAGGAACCGUACGUUAAUAAAAUAAGGGAAAUAUCAAAUCACUACAUAAC